CUGACAUUCUACUAAAACAUGGUGACUGUUGAAACGCCAUGUUUUUCGUGAUGUACGAACAUUAGACUAUUUUUUGAGACUAUUUAUUUGUAUUUACGAAAUGGCUAAUGAUGAUUCGUGUUUAUUAAAAGAAGACGGCUAUCUUAAUGUAGAUGCUGAAUGUAAAAGUAUAAUCUAUCAUCCUAAUUUAAAUGUAUUGCUCAUUACAACUAGUAGUGCGCAAGUAUAUGUGUUUGAUGUCAAUUUCGGGGUAAUUCUACAACGAAGUAUCUUAUCAGAUAAACCAGAUGGAAAAUUACAAGGAGUUUAUCUUGCCGAUGGCAUAGACAAAAUAUUAUACACAAAUGGCAAAGGAAUCGGUGUUAGAAGUGAUUACAAUGGUGUAUUAUUAUUAGACACCAUUUUACAAACACCUGUAUCCAGAAGCGAAGAUACAAUAAAAUUAGAACUUCUGCUUUCCGAAGCCUGUUUGCUGCAUCAGUGUCUGAGACUGGUUGAUCUUCCGGGAGUUGAUCACGUGCAAAGUGUCUUACAAGAAUUGUGGAAUAAAAUUCUUGUUGCACAAGAAACUCAGAAAAAAGGCAUCAAAGCUCAAAAAUGGAAUGUCGUUUGUCUCGAACUGCCCCAUGGUGUUCUCAAGCUGGUAUGCUCUGGAUUAGUGACGGAAUUGAAAAAACAAAAUAAACAUAUACCAGCAUUACCAAUUGCUUCCGCAAUCAAUGAACGUCUUAACGGCCUACUUCCUGGCUCAAUUUCGGAAAAUGGACCAGCUGACAAAGUUCCGAUGUUCAGUGAAGCCGCCCGACGAGAAACAUUUUUAAAAUGGCCUCACAUGAAUUACAAAUUUAGUAACCGAGAAAUGUUUCUCAGGUGGGCUUUGCCUGGUCAGAUGGCACAAGCGGGAUUUUAUUACGAACCGAACGCAACAGCUCAAGACAGGGCGAUGUGCUUUACAUGUAACGUCUGCUUGGUAUGCUGGGAACCGACUGACGAGCCUUGGUCUGAGCACGAGCGUCACUCGCCCACAUGUCCAUUUGUCAAAGGAGAGUACACACAAAAUGUUCCUUUAUCAGUAACUCUUGCGACAGCUCCAGCAUGCGAAUCACAUGUAGAGAUCAUCAGUACAACCAACGUCACUGGACUUAUCGCAACGGCAACUCACAGUGGUUUCGUUAAUAUUUGGAAUAUCAGCAGUCAGUUAAAGGGUGAAGUUUCUUUUUACGUGACAUCGUGUAAUCAAGAAACCAACAAUGAAGAUUCUCUGCAGUUUUACGCUACGAAAAAUUUAUCAAAUACUUACAUGCCAAAUCUCAGCUCUGAAACCGAUUCUUUACGUGAUUUUACAAGUAUUAAUUUUUAUAAGGUUCACUUAACGGCUUUAUCAAUUAUAGGCGGUCCAAAAUUAUACGUAGAUGAAGCUAAAGUUAGUAGAGGAGAGUCAGGUAAUCUCAGUACAGUCGAAGAUCAUACAGAUUUGAGCAUAAAACCAUGUUUAGUAUGCGGAGUUUCUGUAAUUAAUUCUACCAGCAGUUCAUCGCAGUUACGGACAAUGGAAAAUGUAUGGGCAGCAACAGAUAUGGCAACAUCUUCAUCGUUAGUUCGUGCCAUGAAUAGUGUAAAUAGCGCUGCCAGUGAUAGUUUAGACAUUAUGAAAAUUGCAAGCGAUAAACACGAAUCUGCUGAAUCACAUUAUUUAGUUGUUUAUGAUUUUCAUCACAAAGCUGCAACGCCAGUAUUGAGCAAGGAUGUGGCGGAUAAAGAUUUCAAAAAUAAAAAAAUACCUUCUGGUACCGGAACCAGCUCUAGUUCAACAAGUGGCCGCCAGGAUAGUCUUUAUCAGGAACUGUGUAUGAGCAAACUGCUUUAUGAAGUUCCUGUAAUUGAAGAAGUUGUAGAUUCCGACAUGCUAGUGGGUGCACAUUUUGAUGGAAUAUUUUCAAGUAAAGACGGUAGUUUGAGUGCAUCAUCAUCAAACACUCUGUACCCAGCCUCACUUGGAUUGUAUGUACAGCCUCCAGCGACAAGUUCUCCGCCUUAUGACGCUAAUUUCAAUCCUAUAAAUGAACCUGAUCAAUUCGCUUCGACAUCAGAUGCCUCGGAAAUUCAUAAAAAAGUAUCGGAUGUAAAAAAAAACGUACAAGCUGAUCCCGUCGUUUUACAGAAGUUGUUCAUUAAUGCAGAUCCUUCUCUACGAAUUACUUUCGUCGGACCUACUAAAGACCAGAAGCAUCUGUAUGUCGCGCUCACCUGCCCUGCAGUAGAUGCUGCAACAGCAGACUUACCUGCUAACACAAAUAAAAUGGAUGUUGACGAAGAAAGUGAAAUUUUUUCCUCAAAAAGUUACAUGUAUUGGGACCAAAAUGAUCAGUCAUCAGAAAAUAAGUCGGUUAAUAGUGAAAAUCAUAACGUUGAAGACACGGCAAAAGCUCUGCUGUUGGUUUAUGCUUUAGAUUUUUCCGAGGAAGUUCCGCAAAUUUUAGCUGAACCUGUUGUUAAACGGGAGCUACCGGCAAACCAAACACCAAUAGCUCAUGUGUUUUUGCCGUUACAAGAAAAGCACAAAUUAUAUUCGAGUAAAAGCAAUGAAGAUAUUACUGCACCCCGGGGUCAAGUCGCUUUGGUCUGCCGCGAUGGAGUGAUAAGAUUACUAGACUUGGCCACCCUGAAAAUAGUAUCGGAGUCCCGAUCAGAAGGGGAUAAAUUUAUAUCUGCUACGUACUGCAGUCGACUGGAUCGAUUGUGUGUUUGCACAAGCAAUGGAACUCUGCGAUUCUUCAUUACAUCAGACGAAGAUGAUUCUUCAGAGGAGAAGGAUGAAGUUGAGGACGUAAACAUGAUGGUAACAGAACCCGGAGUACUCAGUCAUGAGCAAGCGGCUCCAAGCACCUCGAGCUCUUAUCAAGAAUCGAUAAUCGCGCACAGACCUAAUUUGACUCGCUCGGAUUUACAAAGUUUAUACGACUUGACUCGGUUUGACAGAAAUUCUCCAGCAUACAGUGCGACAGUGCCCUCUUGUUGGAGUGAAAUGAUGCAGGCUCAGAGACAAAGACGUUACCCACAGCAUUUACAUCAAUCUGAAAACCAGCAUCACACACGCACAUGGCGACUUCAGAAUGAUUCAACAACCUGGGAUGAACAUAUAUUUGAGAUCACGCUGCCCAGGAAAGUUGUUGGAAACAUUGGACAUGUAGAUGUUCGAUUCAAUCUCCACUCCCCCUGUCUUGAGCCGCCUAAUAUUCAAGUGACUCUUCUUAAGCAAAAUAUCACGGGUCUUGGGCAUCAGAAACCCUCAUUGACUCCCGUUGAUGAAAAAAUCCAGUUCAAUUUGAACAAUGACCAGAAAGGGGAAAAUCCCAUCAUCAGCGAAGAAUUUCAGCGGCACUACAACACGGAAAUUCUCUGUGGCCCGAUAAACUUGAAACGCUGUAUAGAUCUUUCUGAUCAUUCCGGGUGUGUAACUCUUACCAGUCCAAAGCUAUUUCGUACAAAAGCAAGGACACUUCUUGUCCACAUUAAAGCGUUUAUUGAUCUAGCUAAAGAUAGCGGAGCAACUACCUCAAAAUCUAGAGUUAAUCUAUUUGAUAACAAACCUCCAACAUCGAAGAAACUGAGAAUAGAUGAUGCUGGGCCUUUUUUCCCGGGCACGACAGUUGAAAGGAUUGCCACCAGUGCUAAUAAUAAAAAAUUGGAAUAUUACAUUGGAUGCGAUUGGAUUCAUGAAAUAUCAAUCACUGUGAGAACUGUUCAACCCACAAGUAUUCCGAACGAGCGCGUUCAGCGAUGGGCGAUGUUAGACUCAUCUUUAUUCACUGAAAAUCUAUUGAAUAUCGCGUGUUUGCAAGGAGUCGAUGAGUCACUUAUCACGCAAUCCCUCUCAUUAGAUAUUCUAAUAUGGGUAACAUCUAUCAGGCUAUCAAGACUUCGCGUCGGUCGAAAUGUCACGGAAACAAAAGCUAUUCAAUUGGAUACCAUUCAGUGCAUUCAAUCACGUCUACCAAAUCUUUUGCGAACGUGUAUUUUUCAUGCCGGUAGAUCUAUAGCUCACAAGUGUGUUAAGUUGAUUGUUAUUUGCAGUGAAGGUUUACGAAAUCUAGACGAUGUUGCUUUACAUUCAUUUGACGAAGCUGUAUUAUCUGUUCUUGUUACACUGUUGCCAUCAAUAAUUAGUAUCCAGUGGGCAGGAUCUUUACGUUGGUUAACAAUUUUAAUAAAUCGAUUUUUACCGCUCGAUCAAAACCACAGCGUCGCAAAACAAUGUAUUACAAUUCUUCAACGAAUUGCUGGAGAAAUGUCUAAUCGAGUUGACCCAUAUCAUUUAUUACUUGCGACUAGAUUCGGUUUAUAUAAUAAUCCAUUUGAAACAAAAUUAUUUGACAUCGAAUCUCCGAUGCCUCCUAAAAUCAAUUCCUUGCCAUUGACUUAUGCAUCAGUCGUAACUGGUGAGCAGACAACAUCAUCUGCAAUGGCAUGUAGCGAUUUAUAUUCACAGGACAAUAUUGAUUUACGGGAUUUAUUAACUCUACCAAUGCAUUCAAACAGUGAGCUUGUUGUACCGAACAAAUUAAAAGCUCUUUAUACAAAUCACAGCAUGACGGGUCUAUUAGAGGUUGAACCGCUACAUUUUACUUGUCACUCAGUUUCUGAUGGUACUAAAAUGGAAAAAAUGGAUCCUGUAGGAAAUACUGUUGACUUUGCAAGUCUGUAUGACAGCAACGUAACGAAUAAUGGUGUUCCUGACUUCAAAACUGUUCAGUCAACUUAUAGCUUGGAUGGCGAAUCGCUAGGGUCAAACUUAAAAACUGCGUGCAAACAGAACUUAAAAGAUCUGCUCAGUCAUUGUAAAGCUGAAAUCAAUAAAAUUUCAACGACACAAUUGUCGAUUAUAUCUGACGAUCAAUCGGAUAGUGAUGAAGUGCACAAUAUGACGAGAGAUGACCAAAAGUGCCACGUCAAUCAAACUGAUUCAUCUAAUUUACACAUUUUAACUUCCUCCAUUAUAAAAGAAACGUCUUCCGCGUUGAAUAACAUUUCUACUACACACAAAGUCGACGAUAAUCAUAUAAAAAAGCGCGAAGAAAUCAAUUUCCCAUGGGCACGAUUACUUUGUCUGCCGUCACAGCAGGCUUUAGUCGUCGAAAGAAUGCAUUCAGGAGCACGACGAUUCAUCGUUUUAGAUUUCGGUUCUCCAGUUUUGCUCACUGACUUGAUGAUUCCUUCAUGCAGUGAUUUGGUUUCGCUCUCAAUAGACAUCUGGACUAAGAGUGAAGAAAAAGAUGGCAUUAGACUUGUCGUUGCUGGUGACAUUGGCUCAAAACCCCUUGUUGUCAAUGACCUUCAGCCUCCCCCAGUAUGUAGAUAUCUUAAAAUAACAACAAUAGGCCGAUAUGGAAUGACAACGACAAGAUGUAAAAUACCCUUAGGAAUGUUUUACGGUCACAUUGUUGUUCUGCCAGGAGAAGACUACUCUGAAAUGUUUUACACCCAGCCAAACAACGUCAGUCAAAAUGACACGAACCUCUUAGCGACAAUCGAUUCUCAGUGCAGUAUAUUGUCAACUUUGGCUGAAGACAUUCAAUGUCGGUUCAGCUUAGCGAUUGAAAAACUGAAAGCACUAUUAGAUCCGUUACUGUGCACUGAAACACCCAAUGUCGUGCACAUGCAGCACUAUCUCUCUCGAGGUAAAAAUUUAACAGAUAAUAAGGAACAGCCGUCUGGAAAAAUUUUGACAACCUAUCAAGAAUGUAUUACAUUCCAACAUCAAUUGAAUAUCGUACGCGGGGUGUGGCGUCGUCUAGAAACCUGGAAAGGCGCUGAAAUUCCUUUGACCAAUCAAUUGUCAAGUGUUCCAAGUGAUAAAUUGAGAAUUCUUGGGGAAACACUUUCAGAUAUUCUUCUCUACACUUUAUAUGAAAUUGGACCGAUUCCAACAGUUCCGCCGACUUUAUGUGAGAUUUUUACUCCCGCGAUUUGUGAAAGAUUUUUUCACUCUAUUUGCGUAGUGACACCAGCUCCACGAUUACAACUUCACGCAGUUGCACUCUUAGUUCGUAUGGCUGGUCACCAGCCAUGGUGGGGAAAUUUUUUAUCCAAUACAUUGGUCAAUUUAUAUUCAACAUCUUCGACAUACAUUUUUCCACAAGACAGGGUAUUUAUAUUAUUAACAUUCCUCGGACGAAAAUCACUCACUGCGGGGACUAGUAAAUCGUCAGUAAUUGAUGCUAUGGUUCGAACAUUAGGAAAAUUUUUGAGGCCGUUGUCUGAUUAUCAACUUUCAAACACAACUCAGUUAGAUGUAGGUCUGAUUGGUUGGAUUCUUCUGUUUUUGUCUGUAUGUUUGGAUACAACUACAACUCACUGUACAUACUCUGAAGAAAAUGAUAAAAAUAAGGAACAAGGUAUAUCUUCCUCUCGUUGGGAGUUUUUGCAAGGCGAAUCAGCCAUGCAAAGGAAGUACGUGAAUGCCAGUCGUACAAGUGCGUCACGAAAUUACCGUAAAAAAUUACAGAAGCGACUCAUGCAUCACAAACAACAACUGCAUGAUAUUGAUCAAGGCAAAAAGUACAUCCACGUGUCAUCUUCCCAAGGAUUAGUUUGGUCAAGUGGGCCGCCUAUUUCCACCUUGUCGAACAAAUUAGAAGUUUUGAAAACUCACGAAAAACAUUUAAAGAAAACACUGAAACAGCAUUCAGCGUUUCGGCAUUUCAAAGACAUGAUAAAACGAAAUGAUUUCCAUCACGUACCCCGAUCAAAUCGAACCGCCAGUGCGUCAAAUUCAAAGUCAGAUGCUCCUGAAGCAGAUGUAGACAACCUACUAAAUCUGUCAUACUCAUGUGUGUUACCGGUUGCACGAGGACUUAUUGCUUUAAUUUUACACAACACAGCAAGUGUAGAUAUGUUUUUAUUAUCAUGUAAAAUAAUCGCCAAGCUUGUAAUAUCAACCAGGCCUACAAUUAGUUUAAGUGAACUUAUGACAGAAGACCAACUAUUUAAACUGAUAAAAUUAGCUAUGAGCAAAUCGGAUGCCGCCUGGAUGUCACAUGCAGUUUCUUGUCUUUUACAAGAUUUACUCGAAGGCGGAAGACUGUUUUCUAAGCCAUGUUCAAGCCAAGAAAACGUACAGACCGAAGAAAGUUUUGAUGCCGUUGAAAGCGAAGAAGAACAAGGAGGGGAUGAUGAUUUGGCAGGAACUGCGAGAACAAGUGGAUCUGGAACAACUUUAGGUAACGAUGAAGGAUUCGCUGAAGGUGAAGUGGAUGAGGAUACACAAGAUAGUCUUCCUGCUGUACCACCAACUCCAUCAACAUCAAAGUCAAAUGGAUUUGACUUGCCAUCGUUAUUAGAAUCCGAUGACAGCGAGCUUGAAGAUUUCCUUGAUGACAUUCUAGAGAGAGGAAGAAAUAUGUUGAAGAAAGGAAAUUCCGUUCCCAAGAUUCCACCGUCAGCAAGUUCAGGAAUAUCUUCAGCUCUUGAUGCUCGGUUAGAGUACGGAGUAGAGAUGGGAGUAGAAAUAGCCUUGAGAAGAUAUUCAACUUUAGGAGCAUACAAUUUACCAUUGAGCAUCAACGCACCAAUCCAAGUGCCAUCAGAAACCAAUCGUUCAAAACAAUUUUCGUUAAGAAAUGCUGGAUCUACUGAAAGGAAUCAGGAAGCAAGAACACCUACAGAUUUAGCAUCAUGCAGUCUAUCGAUGCUGAUGCGAUGCUUCGAUAAAAUAUUUACCGAUAUGUCUUUUCAAAAUUCUGGCAUUAAUUUAGAGUUGAUACUGCAGUUAUGGUUAACAUUGAAUUUAGAUGCAUCGAAAAAUUCCUCUACAAAUUCGUCAAACCAAUUUGACCCAUCAUUGGUACCAGUUAUCCCCCUCAGCUCAGCAGCGAUUUCUGGUCUUAUAUCGACGCUUCUUUGGCAUCCUGGAAUUUCUUUAGGUGCUUGGUGCCUGGCCCUGCAAACUCUAACACUAGCAAGUAAUGAACCGAUGCCGAAUAAUCAUAUUGACCCCAGUAUCAACACUCCUUUGGACGGAUUGCUGGGCGGCAUGGCUUGCUGCAUCGUAAAAAACCGCAACAUGGGACCUGUACUUCUGCGACUUCUCUCUGGCAACGGUUUAAAUAUUGAGCCACGUGACAAGCAGUACAUGAUCGCCGGUCCUAAAGUAGGGGAAGCAUUGCAGGAAUUUUUGCUUCGACUUGAGAUGCGUUGCGAUGUAAUAACACCGGGAAGUGUACUAGGAAAUACUCUGAAAGAACUUUUGCUGUGGGUAGUGUAUGAACUUAUACAGCCAGGGGGUGCACUUGUUGCUCGCCGAGGUCCUCUCGACGCUCAAUGCAUUCUCAUUACAUCUCUUAUCAACCUAAAUUUUAUAAACACAGAUCUAGGAACUGCCAUGAGUAUAACAGAGUGCGUUGGAGUUUUAGUAUCGACAUACGUCCGAACUUCGAGAAUCGGUGCGCAGUGCAGUGGAGCUGUAGACUCGACCAAUCAAUCUGGUGGUUUCGGUGGACUGUUUUCUGGGAUUCUUGGUGGGACAACCAAACAAGGGCGACCUGCAUCCUGGGACGCACUUCUUGUUGCUCUUGUAAAACUAGUUUGCAAACUCGUUCAAACCCCACUGCCUAGUGCUCGUGCGUCCCGGGUUGACAAUCCAACGAACAUGGAAGUUGGUGACUUGGCCCAAAAGUCAAGUACCAGAGACAUAGAUCAGUGUGAAAAAUCAAAUAUAUCACAAACAGAUGAAAGUAAAGUCGCAGAACAGCAGACAUCGAUGAAAUCAAAUCAAGGUGUGACUUCAAAACGUCGCCAUCCCUGUGUCGCAGAUACAGUUCUACAACAUGAACCAACAAUGAUAAGAUUACUUGGAGCACUAGGAUACAGUACGAGCUCAUCUCUCGCAAUGUUAUUUGGCGAAGAUCAUACAUCUAGUACAGUUUCUGAACUCGGUGAUCCGAAUUCUAUUCCAGAUGCUACCUUUCAGCUUCUGAUAACUCUUACAAAAAAAGCAACUGAUCCACGAUUAGUUUUGAACCCCUUGUAUCGCUACUUAUCAUCUUCUCAUGAACAAAUAAACGGGGAUGACAAUUUCGGUGUGAUGCAACUUUCAGAGCCACUUCUUUGGUACAUUUUAAAAGUUCUAGAUAACGAAGCAUCUCUGGCGAUAUUUACUGAAAUUGGCGGCGUAAAAAUACUCUGUGAAAAUAUGGUGAAGUCUAACAGCACGAAUUACAGAAACGAAAAUACUAGUAUGUUAACACCAGGGGUUAUUGCUCUUGUAAUGCAGCAUCUUUCAAAUGUACCAAAUCUGGCAGUAGCUACUGGCGCGACAAGUAAAAAAUCAACGAGUUCUUUGGAGUCGUAUGAAGACGGCUUACUAAAUUUCGCGCCUCUCGGCACAAUUUCCUGGAUAAAACCAAUGGUGGAACCAGCAGAUGUAUUGAUUCAAAGCGCUGCGCCUCACAGACGAGCACGAACUGCCGCUUGGUCUUAUCAUUUUUUCCCAGGUGAAGCUUGGAUUGAUCUCACAAUUACACUUCCCUGUGCUAUUCUUUUGAAAGAAGUUGAGCUCCAACCUCAUCUCACAGCACUAGUUACCUGUCCUUCAGCAGUAGCACUCGAGAUUUCUCGAGACGGUAAUUCUGAUUUCACGCCGAUUUGUCCUCCAAUGCUUACCGCUGGGUUGACAUUCAUUCGACUCACUCUAGCGCAACCGGAAGUAACAUCAGCAGUUUUGGUGCGUCUUUAUAAGCCUCGAGAUUCCACAAACAUCAGUCUCAGUCAAAUUAGGAUACUAGGAACGACAGCAUUUGGAGACAUUAAAUCACGAAAUGAAACUAUUGAUGAAGAAAAACUGACUAAGAUGAGUCUGGGGUGGCUGAGGCUGAUUCAUCAAUGCUUGUCAGUCAGCGCAUUGUCUUCAUCAUUAUCUCAGAAUGUACUCGACUCUGCAGCGUCAGUUCCAGGUCUUAUUGGAGCCUGCUGUACUCUUUUAUUACUUCCAGCACCGUCACUCUUCACCCCAAACUUGGAGAGAGUUUUAAUACAACUUGGAUUGCACUCUCGUGAACUUGGACUACAGCUAAUUAGUUUACUUUUGAACAAUCGAUGUGCUCUGCUAUUCCAAAGAUCUUCAUCAUCCCAGAAAACAUCAGUAGUGCAGUUGAUUAUAGAACUACUCCAGCAGUUAUGCAGCGCCCAAGAUGCUGAUACCGAAGCUCGAAUCACUGCCGUACUUACAUGGCUCCAUACGUCUUCAAUAAGUAGCAUCUCACAAACUCCACGGGACAAUCCAAAUAUUGUCAGUCCACCUGCAGUUUACAUUCAUUGCAUUUCAACAAUUAUUUGGAAGGCCCAACAAAUUGAAAACCGUACCUACGACUUGGAGAGUAUGCUAACUGAUGAUCUUUUUAAUUCUCUUUAUCAGUGGACUCUUUCUUUACAAUCAAACUCAGCAUUAAAACAAGCAAUCGAUGCAACUCUUUGUGCUUUUUGUUAUGUAAGACCAUCGUUAUUCCCAACGCUUCUGCAAAAAAUACGAAUUCUUGUCCCGAAUUUGGCGACAGAUCAAUUUGCAUCAGUGUCAGAUGACCGUAAAGAAAGUGAUGGACAAACUGAUGACAAAAAAAGUGAAGCUAAUGUCGAAGAAUGGUACUGCCGAUUGCAUUUAUCAGAAUGUAAGCAUCUGGAAUUGACAGAAGGGCAGCUGCUGACAGUCGCAACUGCGGCACGAUCAGUGCCGGGGAUUCAACAACUCAUCGAUUCAGGUCUUCCAUCACUUUUAGUUACGACAAUUAUAGACUUUUGUAAGAUUCAUAUGAAGGUUAUAAAAGAGUUGAACAGUAUGAUCCAUAUUGAUAAAUGUCAAAAUAUAAAUACUGUACAUAGCGGGCUGACUGAUAAUGACAAAGCUGGCGAAGGAGUUUAUCAGAGCCACAAUACAAGUGGGCUGAACAUGUACAAUCCUGAUAGCAUCGCAACAGUAGUUGAAUUUUUAACUCUUGUGUGCUCAGAAGGAAAAAUGCGAGAUUGGUUGGGUGAAGAAGGCCGUGGUUUUUGGUUACCUCUUGUUACAUUAUUAAGCAGCAAGCCUGUGGAAAGUCCAUCUACUUCUUUUGCUAAAAUAAAUGUAUCAUACACUAAAUUAGAAAAUGCUGUAAUUAAAUUUCUAUCCAAAUGUUGUUGGUGUCAUCCACGUAAUCAAAAGUUACUCGCUGAAUUAUUGACUGAUGUUAUUUUACAAGAGCGGAUUUCUCCAAUUGACGUGAGAUACCUACAUGGUAUUUCUGGAUUUACUAGACGAUUGAUCCUUCAGUUACUACUAGAAGAAGAGAAAGUAUUAGUGUCUGUAGUGUCAGAUACUCCCAUGUCGAACUAUGCAUCAAAUCAAACUGUACCGUCAAUGUUUCCACAUCCAGCUCACCCUCUAGGGUAUUAUCACCAACUGCUUUACAUUUCAACCCACUCAACAAUGGCAGAUAUUUUACAACAAGUUUCAGGUUCUUGGCUCACUUUGCUACUGCCUAAUAACUUUAAGGAAAAUGAAACUAUUACCAGUGGAACAAAUUGUUCACGAGAGCUUUGGGAAUCUAACUUGGUGUUGGUGGUGGACAAACUGAGUGUGGCAGCUGGAAAUACUGCUAAGGAUAAACGAGCUAAAGAAGCCUCGAAUAAAUCACAAGCUCGCGGACCUACCAUAAGAAAAUCCCGUUUAGGCUCGGAUGUAACAUCAUCGUCAUCAAAAAAUACAAACACCUGCACUCAAGACAAUUCUAUUAAUUUGUCAACUCAACAAUACCUAUCACACUCUUCUCGACCUAAUGUUGCUUUGCCGGCAUUACUGAGUAUCGCCCAACUUCUUGCAAUAGCAGAAGACAGUGGGCUGUCUCUAUCGAACCCGUGUUUACACCUCGUGCUCCACCAGCGUAGCAAAGACAGCAAAGAUGAUUCUGUUAAAGUAGAAGACAAUGAGUUGUUGAAUUAUCGUUGCAUAGAAAGUGCUCUAGGUGUUUUCAGUGUUAGCGGAGGUCUAGCAGCACUAGCAAAACAUCUUCCUCUUAUUUAUCCUGAUUCAAGCCGCCCUCCAGCAUUCAUCGAAAAGUCUUCGCCACCUGAACAACCAGAUGCUGAGUGGGUGAAAGUAGAAACCAACGAAGAAGUUUAUGAAGAUCUAGAGGAAGGUGGAAAUUUACAUUCAUCUCGGGCAACUUCUUCAGUUCCCCACGUACCACUACAUUCCUUGACGGCAUUUGGAUUAUUCCUCAGACUUCCUGGUUACGCUGAAGUAUUACUAAAAAACAGAAAACAGGCUCAAUGUUUGCUGCGAUUAGCUCUAGGUGUAGUAGACGACGGAGAAGGUGGCGAUGUAUUCAGCUCACAAAUAGCUGGCUCUUUACCAACGCUCCCUUUCCAAGUUUUGAAACAACUAUUGAAAGCAACACCACUGACGACCGACGACGGGUUACUACUUCGACGAACUAUGGUCGAUAUUGGCGCAAUUCUCUUACUGCUUAAUUGCUUAGCGAUCUUCACACAUCAAACUGGACACAAUGAAUUGUUGGAUCAAAAGAUAACCCAAAUUGGUAGUCGUAAUGAUGAUAAAUCUCAUUUAUACUGGGCCAAAGGUACUGGGUUCGGAACAGGAUCAACCCAACAAUCUUGGAACGUUGAACAAGCGCUGUUACGUCAGCGUUCUGAAGAAGAACACGUUACUAUUCUUCUUCGAGUAUUGGCCAGCUAUGUAGGAUCCGGAAGCCAGCCACAACGUGAACUUCCUGCCACAUUCGCCGAGCUUAUAGCCCGAUCGUGCCUUCUUCCAGCUCUAUCCUCGUAUUUGAGAAACGAUUCAGUCUUAGACAUGGCACGACAUAUUCCACUGUACCGUGCGGUUCUUCAAUUACUCCGGUCAAUGGCAUUGUCUACACAAUUAGCUUCACUUUUACUGCCUAGAGUUGGUAAAUCAAAUGAUCCAUCGAUUGUUUCACUUCUUUCCACAAUGAAAGUUUGUGUGGAUACAUACGUCCAUAAAAUAAAUCGCUCGCGUAGUAACAAAUUCAAAAGCGGUCUUAAAUACCCAGAUGAUACUGAGCAAGACGAAGGAUUAGCGACAUUGAUACCUGACAUUCAGGAAAGUGCUACGGUAGUACAGAAUGCCACCUCAAGACUUGCUGUCAUUGGGGAAGAACUGGUCAGUCCCAGUGCUGUUAUCACUGAAUUACCUCUUAAAUCCAUAGAGCAACGAUACCUUGAAGUAAUGAAAAAUCUUCAAUUCGACACGUAUGAAAUGAUAUCUGAGAAUUCCGAUGGCGGUGGUUACCGAUUUGCAGUGUCUUAUCAUUUUGAAUCAAACAUGAGAGCAGCGGGAGACAGAAGCCAUCCUACAAGGGUCAAAAGAUUAGCUCAGGAAGCCGUGACACUGUCGACUGCGUUGCCAUUGUCGUACAGUAGCAGCGUGUUUGUAAGAUGUGACACUGAUAGACUGGACAUCAUGAAAGUUCUGAUAACCGGCCCUGCAGAAACACCCUACGCAAACGGUUGCUUCGAAUUCGAUGUUUACUUUCCGCCAGAUUAUCCCAACAGCCCGAUGUUGAUAAAUCUUGAGACGACUGGCCGACACACUGUGCGAUUCAAUCCUAAUUUGUAUAAUGAUGGUAAAGUUUGUCUUAGUGUAUUGAACACUUGGCACGGCAGACCGGAAGAGAAGUGGAACGCUCACACCAGCAGUUUUCUACAGGUUUUGGUGUCCAUACAAUCAUUAAUUUUAGUACCGGAACCCUAUUUCAACGAACCAGGAUACGAAAGGUCUCGAGGUACUGCUAGUGGUGCUCAAUCUAGUCAAGAAUAUAAUGCCAAUAUUUGCUUGGCAACUGUAAAAUGGGCAAUGCUGGAUCAAAUUAAAAAUCCCUGCCCAUGUUUCAAAGAAGUAAUACACACGCAUUUCUGGAUAAAGAGACAUGAAAUAGUAGCUCAAUUAGAAAGCUGGAUUAUGGACAUGGAAACGUAUGGAUCAGAUAAACGUUCAGCUCGUACGAUUUCUCUCAACGCCUUGGCUUUAAGGCGACACUAUAGACUUUUAAGAGAUGUCCUCAACAAACUGCCAACACCCAAGGGUCUUGAAGAUCUCGUAGAACCUUUGCAAUCACCUGGCUCACCACUAGAAAUGUCAGGAACGCCAAAUACCCCACCAACAAGUACAACGUCAACGGCGACAAUAGCUACUCCAAUAACAAAUGUAGGUAGCAACAAUCAUAUUCAUAAUGAAAUUGAUACAGAUGUUGAAAUGGAGAAGAUGGUAUCAAACGUUUGUGAAUAACUGAUUAAAGUUGAUAGCAAAGAUUGUUGGAUAUUUUUAAAAGUCUAUUCGUAGUGUUAUGAACAAUAUGACUGAAAUUAAUGUAAGAUUAGAAAAAAAUAUCAUAUUCGACCUGAAUAUUUCAUCCACCCGGUUAACAAAAAUUUACUGAUAAAGAGUCUGUCGAAUAUCUCAAAGUGAACAAGUGAAGAAAGAGAUCAUAGUUGUAAGUUUUUUUUUCUUUUAAAAUUCUUUCCUUGUUUUUUUUUUUUUUUUCAAUAUUUAUUAUAAGUUUUUUUUUUUAUAAUUUGCUAGUUAAAAAAUACUAUAGUUUUCUAUUUGAGCUGUGACUGUAAAGUUCUUUUCUUAUGUUGAAAUAGAUAAUAGUAAAAUUAUUACAGUACUUUUCAACAUCUAAAUACUUGAUUAAGUGUGAAAGAUAAUUUAAAAAAGGAUAAAUAUAUAUAACUUUAUUUGGUUGCUUUGAUAACAACGUAUAUGUACACUAUUUAUUAAUCUAUACUACUUAGGUAAAUUUUAAGUGUAAAAGAUAUUUAUUAUACUUGUUCUUUAUUUUGGUAAUAUCCUGUUUAUAUGAAGUGACCGAAAAAAAGUUUAAAUGAAUAAAUUUAAAUAAAAUAUUUGAUAAAGUCACACAUGAUAUUUUAAAUUACUUCAUUAUGUAAGACAUAAAAAUCAAGAGUACAUUGUAAAUAAUUUGCCAAUAAGUUUAACUAAAAUAAUUACUUACACGAAUGUGUUUCUAUUUUUAAGAGUAAAUAUGAUUAAAUAAAAGUUUCAAUUAAAUAAUAUUAAGAGAUAAAAAAAUUUAAAAAUACGCAUUAGAAUAAACGAUUAUAUACAACUUGCGACUAUUUUAUCUGAAUAGUUCAAUCGACAAGUUCUUUAAAUUACAAGUGUCUACGUAUAACAUAUUAUGUUGAUAGUUUAUUUAAGUUUAAUAAACAAUAUUAUUUAAAUCUGUCUUUAUUUAUUAUGCAUCUAACAACUAACUUUUUAACUUC